GAAGGAUUUAUCGGUCAGGAGGGGCUUCCUGUGACAAACAAAAAGGUGCUGAGUUUAUUUAUUGCUUCAUAUACUGGCUUCUUCACCUUGUAGACGCUGACGCCAUGGAACAUUGGACCCUUAACGUUUCAAGUUGUUUUCCACCCCUUGAAUUUACGUGGUACAUUGGUAUAUGUGCAAACACUCCGACACCUUGUGUACACUUAGUAGUCAGGACGUCGACGAACCGACCAGUCGACGCCAAAAGAAGGCCUGGGUAACUUUCACACUACAGGCAUUUCCACGAGGCGACCAUCCAAACUUCGAAGAGAUUCCGCUAGGAAGUGACUUCGGGAAGCGAGCGUGACUGUGAUCAUAUCGAUUGACAAAGAUGUGAUCGUCUCUGAACAGCGACAUCGGGAUGCAAGAACAAACGGGACGUUCGUCGCUUAUUUGUAAAUGACUGACGGUAGUGUGGCCACUCCGGGACAUAGUCAUUGUGGCAACCCCGGCACAUAGCAAAACACACUGAAAGAACGACAACUCACGUGGUAGCGAACCCUUAAAGGGCUGUAUGGUCUUAUGUGAAGUGUUGUGCGUCGUGCAGAUUUGUCGUAGGAUUAACCAACUUAUGGCGUCACGUCACGUGCCCCUAAGGUCUCUGAGGAGGGCUACUGUCGUACAGUCUGAAAUUCGACGCACCAACGUUUUGUGUCGGCUCUGUACUAAGUGAUGAUCUCAUAUAGUACUUUCAAUACAGCUGAGGAAACGUCACCUUUACCCCGUGAAGUAAUGUUCAAACAAAGCAGUUUCAAAACAUGGCUCUUGAAAUUUAUAUUGGCAACGUUGCUCGCUGUUGCAUCUGUGCUAUAGGAAUGUUGGCAAACCUGCUCGUCUUGUUCAUCGUGGCCCGCUACCCAACCAUGAGGACCGCCUGUAACGUGUACGUAGCGAACCUUGCAGUAACUGACUUCGCUGUCAGCCUUCUCACUCUCAUCCAGUCCAUUGUUGUACUUUCAGAUCCAUCUUAUUGGGCUGGGGAUAGAAACGCGGGCUCUACUUUUUACCUGCAAAGUUGUGACGUAAGCCGAGUGAUCUUCUUUUUCCUCGCCGCAACCAGCAUCCUCCUGCUUACAGUGAUAGCUGUGGAGCGACACAAGGUGAUAACAGACCCGCUGGGCAGCCUACAACACGGGACGGUAAAACACGCGGGGAGGACCUGUUCCGUGGUGUGGAUAGUGGGCGCCUUGAUCGCAGCUAUAGACACGAUCACCAGGAAUGCUGUCAAAAACGACUGGACCUUCACAGGUGCUAGUCUAAAUUCUGUGUCGUGUGUCUUUCUAAAGCUCGAGACCUCUGAUACUAGUCAUACUUUUUUGACUGUCGUGGUUCUCUUGUUCUUUUUAUUCCUCUAUGUAUUGCCGAGCUGUAUAAUAAUCAUCCUCUACACGCGGAUAUUGGUGAAAGUGAGGCAGUCUCGCCGUUUGGCGGUGCGGGAGACGAGGUCGGAUGACCAGGCGUACCUCAUGGUAUUUGUAGUGACUGUUUUCUUUCUUGUCGCCUGGCUCCCCAUCCACAUCGUUGUUAUUAUAAAUUUGAUUGUUCCGAACAAUCGCCAGAACAUGAUUGCUUCAGAAGUUGCGCUACUCCUCGUGAUGUUAAACUCCGUGGCCAAUCCGUUUCUGUACGGUCUUCUUGGGAAGAACUUUCGCGACAAACUCAAAAAGAUGUUCUGCUGCAAACAGGGCACUAGACAGAUCAUCGGCACGACAUACCAUGGUCUGGGGCAGAUCCAGGUGACAGGCAGUACAGGACAGGCCCAGGCUACAGAAGGGAUAGGACAGAGCCAGGCUACGGACGGUAUAGGACACUCCCAAGCUAAAGGCGGGACAGGACAGGCCCAAGCUACUAGCUUGACAGAACAGGCCCAGGUUACAGGCGGGGCAGAAGAGGGCCCGGCUUCAGGCGGGACUGAACUGGCCCAGGUUACGUGUGGGACAGGACAGGCCCAUGUUACAGGCGGGACAGAAGAGGGCCCGGGUACAGACGGGUCGGGACAGGCCCAGGUUACGUGCGGGACAGGUCAGGCCCAGGCUACAGGCGGGACAGGCCAGGCCCAGGUUACAGGCGGGACAGGUCAGGCCCAGGUUACAGGCGGGACAGGUCAGGCCCAGGUUACAGGCGGGGCAGAACAGGCCAAUGUUACAGACGGGACAGAAGAGGGCCCGGGUACAGACGGGACAGGACAGACCCAGGUUACGUGCGGGACAGGUCAGGCCCAGGCCCAGGCUACAGGCGGGACAGGACAGGCCCAGGUUACAGGCGGGGCAGGUCAGGCCCAGGUUACAGGCGGGGCAGAACAGGCCAAUGUUACAGACGGGACCAUAAGAGGGCCCGGGUACAGACGGGACAGGACAGACCCAGGUUACGUGCGGGACAGGCCAGGCCCAGGCUACAGGCGGGACAGGUCAGGCCCAGGUUACAGGUGGGACAGAACAAGGCCAGGCUGCAGGCGGGACAAAACAGUCCCAUGUUACAAGCGGGAUAGGUUAGGCCCAGGCUACGUGCAGGACAGAACAGGCCCAGGUUACAGGUGGGGCAGGACUAGCCCAAGCUAAAGAAGAGAAAGACCACGUCACAGACAGUGCCACACUGCCCACAGCUAACAGAGACAUCAGACUAAAAGCAGUCUAAAGGGACAAGGGCUAAAUGAAUCGGGGCGUUUACAUGAGCAAAGAGAUACGUAGCAAGACGGCCACAAAAGAGGAUAAAUACGUUUUACAAAUAGACAUCUCGUUUAUCUGAAGGAUUUCUGACGAAGACCAAAUUGUACCCUAUUGUAUAUGCCUACAUAUACAUACGGUAAUAAUCAUUUUACUUUACGUUAUUUGCUUAAUAGUCGGUGGAGGCCUCCGAAAGAUAAUGCUGUCAUCCGAUCGAUAUUCUAGAAAUAGAAUGUCAUAUAUCUAAAACUUUCUGAUUGAUAUUGUAGCAUUGACAUCACACUUGCAGGAGACACGUAAUGGCUAUAGAGACCGGUUAAGUUAUAGUAACAAUAGUAAAACAUUAAACUGCUGAAUCCCUAAAAACAAGAGCUACGUGGGACCCUUACCUUGAAAUAAUUAUUACAAUUCAAAUUUCAUGUAACCGACGUCCAAGCUUAAUGUAUCGACUGACUAAAUUUUAAAAGAGAGUAAGGCUAUGUGUUCGGUAUCCGGAGAGAUCUUGAAGAAAAUGGUAUCAUUGGCGUCCUUAAGGGUUCAACACAUUCUGAAAGAAAUUCAAGUUGAUGAGUAAGGGAUUGGGCCCUAUUGACAAAUUUAUUACAAUAGCCUCAACAUGUAACCGACGCUACAGAAAGUUGUUCCUUUAAACCUGAGACAAUCGGCAUCGUUCCUCCAAAAGGGUACAGAUUUAGGGAGAGUAUGUCUCGCGAGGCCAUAAAAUGGCUAAUUAUGUGGCGCCCACGAAACAGAAAUCAUUAAGUUAUGCAAAGAACAGACCCAAUUGGGGGCUUCGAGUAUCUAAACGAGUACGUAGUAGGCGUGAUGAUGUGCAGGAGGUGCAACCACGACGACUUUUUUUACCCAGCUUUACCUGCCAUGGUAGAAGAUAAACUAAUGUCCCAUUGUGUAACACUUCUGCGCAAACGCCAAGCACUGUAGAGCAUACUGACAAAGAAGGCUCAUUUGUUGGGACAUGGUAUAUAUACGCCAUAUAGGAGUAUCACAUGUAAGAUAUAUGAGGUGCAUCCCUUAACCCUCAAACCACCGUACGUUUUUUUGACGUAGAUUACCGUAUGGGGUCAAA